CGAGUCCCCAAAUCUCCUCUUCUAGUUAAAACCAUCGGACGAGCCCCGAUAAACUCGGGUUGCACCAUCCGAAGGCGGAGAUAUCUAAGACGCAGCCUGCACAUCCAAAUCAAUCGCUAACAAAGCCAAAAAUGUCGUCUGAACCGCUGUAUCCCGCUUAUCUUCCUACCCGCUCGGAUGGCUACAAUGCACCGGUAGCUGUGCCCCUCUUUGAAGCGGAAGAGCCAGGACUUCGGGCUGAUCCCGCCAAAGCGAAUUUGCUAAAGGGCGCUACGACCAUCAAUAUUACCCCACGUAUUGGCACUGAAGUCCGGGGUGUGCAGAUUAGUGCGUUGGGGAGGGAGGGUCUCGAUGAGUUGGCUUUGCUGGCUGCUGAAAGAGGCGUCGUUGUUUUUAGGGACCAGGAUUUUGCGGAUGUAGGGUUUGAUAGACAGAGGGAAAUUGUCAAGCAUUAUGGACCGCUUCAUCAGCAUCCCACGAUGGGAUAUCCGAAAGGUACAGGUCCGGAAUUUCACGUUGUCUAUGCCGAUGAGAAGACCGGCAACUUGAGAAAACUUCUAGGACCUCGGACGACAUAUGACCUCUGGCAUAUUGACCAGACAUUUACCCCAAACUUACCGUCGACCACCUUCUUUUGGGUCCUCGAGAUUCCUGAAUCAGGCGGUGGCGACACUGCUUUCACCUCGCUUACAGCAGCAUACGAAGCUCUCUCCCCCGCAUUUCGAGAAACCCUUCACGGUCUCAAACUUCACCACACAUCAGCCUCCGAAGGUGAAGUACGAAGAGUCGGUCAAGAACGUGCUCUUGCAGAAGCGAUCAACGCCACGCAUCCACUCGUCAUCAAACAUCCUGUCACUGGCAAACCUUCAUUAUUUGUUAAUCCCACGAUCGCUCGCCAGGUUGAAGGUUUUCUACCAGAGGAGUCAGAUCACUUGCUGUCGUUUUUGAAGAAUCACAUUCGAAGCAUGGACUUCAGCUGCAGGGUUAAGUGGGAGAAGGGCACGGUUGUGGUUUGGGAUCAGAGGGGAACGGCACAUUCUGCUGUGCCUGAUUUUCAGGAUAAUGAGAGGAGACAUAUGGUUAGAAUUAUUCCUUAUGGCUCUAAGCCGGAGCCCGCUUUCCAGUGAUCCGACUUCAAUAUCAUCGAGAAAACAUAGCAUGGCAAAGAAAAGACAGUUCAAAUUCAAUCACAGACUAAUGUACAUUGGUAUCAUCGCG